CAGGAAUUUAUCAAUGAGGUCAAAAUACUGGUCAAAUUGAGACAUCCUAAUAUUACAUCUUUCUAUGGAGUUUCAAUAAUGCCUAACAAGGGAUUUAUAGUAAUGGAACGAUUGGACAAAUCUCUAGUUGAUGUAAUUCAUGAGUUAGAAAAGGGAACUGUCAUAAUGACAUUUGAUCGUAAAAUUCAAAUGUUUUUAGGUAUUGCAAGAGGUAUUGAGUAUUUACACACUUUACCAACUCCAAUUGUCCACAGAGAUCUCAAACCAGGAAAUGUUUUAUUAACCAAAGAUGGAAUUUGUAAAUUAUGUGAUUUUGGAUUGUCACGCAAAAUGUCAGAUAAGAAUAAUUCAAUAAUGACACACUUGAUUGGUACACAUAAUUUCAUGAGCCCUCAAUUGAUUAAUGGAACUAUUCAAGAUGCCAAAUCAUGUGAUGUUUAUGCAUUUGGCAUUAUCAUGUGGCAAUUAUUA